AUGGAGUGGCAUUGCCUCUUGCUUAUUUUACUCAUCAACUUAGGUUGUGUGGUGUCCGAGCUGAGCUUGAGAUUUAUUUUCAUUAUCGAGAUACAUGAAGUGGAUCUACCUGAGAAGAUAGGCCGGGCUAUGAAACUAACCGAAAAAGCUAAUUCAGAACUGAAAUUGAGCGACGAUAUUGUGUUAUUGGACAGAGAAAAUGAGGAAGAGGCUUACAGAAAAUUGUGUACAGCUCUUACUAAAGGAGCAUCCAUCAUCAUCGACCUAUCCUGGUCUUCUUGGGAGUUGGCGGAGCAGUUGUCUGCGGACACGGGAUUGCCUUUACUUAGGACGGUACUAGGAUCACAGCAACUGGUGGGAGCUCUCGACAGUUACCUCGAGUUUAGAAAUGCGACCGACGCCGCUAUUUUGUUAGAGAGUGAGAGCGACGUUGACAGAACUUUGUACGAGCUGCUUGGGCGAUCCAAUGUGCGCGUGUGGGUUCAUGCGGGCUUAACAAAAGACUCCGCUAAAGCCUUGAAGUCAAUGAGGCCAGAACCCGGUUUCUACGUGAUUAUUGGCGAAGGUAGAUUCGUCAGAGACGCAUACAAACGCGCGGUCAAGGAGAAGCUGGUUCGACGCGACUACCGCUGGAAUCUGGUGCUGACUGAUUACACGGCGUCCAGCUUUGAUUUGUCGCAGCUGGUGUUGUCAACUGUCAUCCUCCAUGUCGACCAAGUUGAGUGUUGCAAGUUGCAGGGCUUGGAGGAGAGCUGUAACUGUCCUUUGGAGAUCGAGAGGAAGCAAUACAUUUUGAACGCCCUUCUUCAGGUCGUAGCGAAUGCUUUUACCAAGCUUACAGAUGUAACCUUUUCAUCCGUACGUUGUGGUGACCGCAAAGUAAACUCACAGGAGUUUGGAGACAGAUUCCGUGACCAGAUUGCGGUCGAAACCUCCAGUAAUGAUACUCUUUUGUUUUGGGAUGCUGAAAGGUCUAGCCUCUUUCUACGUUCCCGGUUCAUUCUCUCUAUUUACAAGCCUGAUGCUGGUCUAGAGACUGUAGGGAAUUGGUCUGCUGACGAGGAGUACAAGCUACUUCCAGGAGUUGUACUGGAGCCGUUGCGAAUGUUUUAUAGGAUUGGGACCGCACCUGCUAUACCCUGGACUAUGCAGAAACAUGACCCAGUAACCGGUGAAAAUAUGGUCAAUGAGGAUAGUGAGCCAAUAUACCAUGGGUAUUGUGUCGACCUCAUCGACAAACUGUCUGAAGCCAUGGAAUUUGAUUAUGAAAUCGUUUCUCCCAAAUCUGGUGGCUUUGGGCAGAAGCUGGCAAAUGGAUCUUGGAACGGACUCGUGGGAGACUUGAUGAGAGGGGAGACCGAUAUAGCUGUCGCCGCUCUCACUAUGACAGCUGAAAGGGAAGAAGUGAUAGACUUUGUUGCACCCUACUUCGAACAGACUGGCAUUUUAAUUGUGAUACGGAAGCCCAUCCGCAAGACCUCCCUGUUCAAGUUCAUGACCGUGCUCCGCACUGAAGUGUGGCUGAGUAUAGUCGCUGCUCUGGUGCUGACCGGGGUCAUGAUAUGGCUGCUGGAGAAAUAUUCACCGUAUUCCGCUCGGAACAACCCGGAUGCUUAUCCCUACCCAUGCAGGUAUGUGACCUAA